UUUGCGUGGCAUUGUGGGCUUAAAUUUUCUAUAUAAACCAAAAUGGCAGCCAGAUUUGGCUGGCGUAGUCUAACUUUAUUACCAAUUCAUUAGAAGAAUAAUUGUAUUGUACACGAAAAAAUAAGUAUGGAGGUAAGCAGCGAAAGAUCUAGUCGAACAGACUUCUUUGCCACUGGAAAGUAUCGAUUAGUGCGGAAAAUUGGCAGUGGGUCGUUCGGUGAUAUUUACCUAGGAAUCAACAUAACAAAUGGCGAGGAAGUCGCUGUUAAAUUGGAGUCGAUUAAAGCUCGACAUCAACAACUUCUCUAUGAAAGUAAGCUCUAUAAAAUCUUGCAAGGAGGUGUUGGGAUUCCCCAUGUCCGUUGGUAUAAUCAAGAGCGAGAUUAUAAUAUCCUUGUUAUGGAUUUAUUAGGACCGAGCCUUGAAGAUUUGUUUAACUUCUGUUCGAGACGAUUUACCAUGAAAACUGUAUUGUUGAUUGCGGACCAGAUGAUUGCACGAAUGGAAUAUGUUCACAACAGAAAUUUUAUUCACCGAGAUAUUAAGCCCGACAAUUUCUUGAUGGGAAUCGGACGACACUGUAAUAAGUUAUUCAUAAUAGAUUUUGGUUUGGCUAAAAAAUAUCGCGACAGUAAGACACGACAACAUAUUAUCUACCGCGAAGAUAAAAAUUUGACCGGAACUGCUCGUUAUGCUAGCAUUAACGCUCACUUGGGAAUCGAACAGAGUCGUAGGGACGAUAUGGAAUCCCUUGGCUAUGUCUUGAUGUAUUUCAAUCGUGGUAGCCUUCCUUGGCAAGGUCUGAAAGCGGCGACCAAAAAACAGAAGUAUGAGAAGAUAAGCGAGAGGAAAAUGUCUACUCCCGUCGAAGCCCUGUGUAAAGGCUUUCCAACAGAAUUCGCUAUGUAUUUGAAUUACUGCCGUGGAUUGCGUUUUGAGGAAGCUCCUGAUUAUAUGUACCUCAGGCAGCUUUUCCGCAUACUUUUUCGUACUCUCAAUUAUCAGUACGAUUAUACAUUUGACUGGACAAUGUUGAAACAAAAAGCUACAAGCAACGUACAACAGCAAACAGCCACACAAGCUUCGGCUGCUCGUUAAAAAAAAACCUAUUUUUGAGAAAGCUCCGAGCGAGGUCUUGAUUUUUAAAAAAAAAAGCACCAACUUUGUUUUUAAUACCAGUCUCGUGUGUCAUACGUAAGACAUUGGAAUAUAAACUUGCUUAAUCCAUUGUAAAAAUUUAACCAAAGACUGGUUGAAAAUUCCUUGUAAAUAUCAAUUACAAAUCGGGAGGAAUGUAUUUUGGAUAUAAAAAGAAAAAAGUCCUAACAGAAUUAACUUGGUUAAAUACAAAUACCAUCUUCUUAUCCGUCUGUUUCUUUUUACAUGUACGCAUACAUUCUUACUUUCUCUCCCACCCACUCAUCCUCUGAUAAAUAUUUUUAACCAGACAGUAUAAGUGCUUUGAUGGUCAAAGGAGUUGAUGUGAUCAUUCACAUUGUUUGUUAUAACAAUAAUAAAAUCGGUGAAACAUGCUUUUGUGGAUACCAGUAUCAGCAUCAAACCAAAACUGUCUUUGAGACUUGAAUCAAAUGGUUGCUGGAAUUUUAAUUGAGCAAUCAUUCCUACAGGUAUAAAAUGGAAAUAUUAUUUUAGAGAAUAAGAGAUGAUUUUAUCCUUCAUACAGAAAACCAAACUGAAAUAAAUUUUAAGGGUUUCUACUUGUUCGUUUGAUGCUUUUGUUAAGGUAAACUAUUAUUCAAUGAGUGUAAUAAGCUGGCGAGGGAUGAAAUUGAUUUAAUAAACUUCAAUAGUGUACGUACAUCUCAUAUAAUAUAUAUAUAUAAUGUACAUAUACACACUGAAGAUGGAUCGCAAUAAUUUUUAAGAUGGUGUAGGCUUAACCGUUGAAUUUUUAUACGCAUCAAACGGAUUAUAUAUAUAUAUAUAAUUCGUAUGAGCAGAAGGCUGAGUCGUCUGUGGAAUGAUAUAAAUAAGAAGCUAGAUAUGACCAAAGUUGCUUCGUUCUUAAAUAGUUUUGGUGCCGACUGCGGGAGUUGGGUGGCACCAGCUGAAUGUUUUGAACUUUCGCUCUUUCACUUUUUCUUUCUUUCUUUGACUCAUUCUCCCCUUUAAAAAAAAUUGUCCCUUUAAGGAAAAAAAGUGUUAACCUGCUCCAUUUAAUGUAUAACCUGAUUUUUCUGUGUAAUGUUUUAUUUAUAUCCUUCUACUUGCAUCAUUUCAUAGAUAUUUUUUGUGAUACCCUGAACAAUCUUCAGCUUGAAGUGAAAUGUAAAUUGUAGGUGACAAAAAUCUUGAUUAAAUUUUCCUUUCUCUUUA